UUAAAACUAAUGGAACCAAAUAAAGGGGGAUUGAAAAGAAGAGAUACAUGAACACAAGAGGAAAUAAAACUCAAUAUGAAAGAAAUACAAAUUCUGAGGUUAUGUAAUCAGAAAAGUGAAUUCAAGCAUGCUGGUAUUAUAUUUUAUAGAUCUUUUUCUUAUAAAACCUCCUAAGAAUACUUUUUAUAUAAAAGAUUUAUGCCUUGGAGAGAAGAAUUUAGAAAAGGGAAGAACAAGAUAUUCUACAAUUCUUAUUUCUAACAUAAGGAAAAAGUAUUUCUCUAAAAUGUUACAGAUAUUCAGUAAGAAUAAACCAACAGUGAAGCUUGAGCUUGAUGAGAAUAUAGUACAAAGAAGACUAACUUAUACUAUACAAACUUGAGUUAAUAACAUUCGAUUUGUCAAGCAACUAAAAGUUAGCAAGAUCACUCUUUCCUCAAAACAGUUCAUCCACUUCAUUCUUAGUGGAACAUGACUGGAAGAAUUUUAUUUGAAAGAAAGUAAUGUGAUCGGGCCAAAGCUCAAGUUCUCUUGCUCAAGGACUUCCUCAUUACAAGCUCUGUUAAUGGUGUGGGAUGAAAUAAGUCCUUCAGAGCAAAUUAGAACAUUUUCCUACUUUGAAACAAUUCUGGAGAACCUUAAUAAAUGCAAAUUCUCAGAAAAUCUGAAUCUGAUAUUCUUCGAAAAAUCCAAACUUCCAGCAGAACAAGCUAAAUCACUUGAACUAAGAUUCAUCCACAUAAACGUAGAAUUCGAUUCCGGACACUACAAAGGCUCAUUCUAAGCCCUAUCAACA